UGGUGUUAAUUUAUGGUUAGGCAUUAGUGUUAGCGGUGUGGUUCCGUUUAAAAUCAGGUUGUAUGACAUUGUAGCUGUUCCAUCUAGUGCGCUGCAGAGCUGCCUCCAGAACAACAUUUGUGACGAAAAACGCAAACCUGCUGAAAUUGUAGCCUAUUUCUCCACACCGACUCCUAUCAAACCUCUACUAACAGCGGAGUCCUUCCUAGCUCUUCAGUGAAGAUGGCGCAGGCACUAUCAGAGGAGGAGUUCCAUCGAAUGCAGGCUCAUCUUUUAGAGCUGAGGACACAGAACUACCAACUUUCUGAUGACCUGCGGAAGAACACCGCUGAGCUCGUGGCUGUUCGUCAGAAGUCUGUGACCUUGGAGAAGGAUUACAUCAAAGCACAGAAGGCUUUGAAUAAGAGCAAGAAAGCUCAGGAGGUGGAUGCCUUACUCAGCGAGAAUGAGAUGCUGCAAGGGAAACUGCACAGCCAGGAGGAUGACUUCAGACUGCAAAACAGCACCCUGAUGCAGGAGCUGUCCAAGUUAUGUACCCAGAUAGAGGAGCUAGAACAUGAAAACAAAGACCUAAACGAUGGGAAAGUGUUUCAGGCAGAAUCCUCCAGUCCCACCCCCAGCUCUGUGGAUGGAGAGCUACUCCGUCUCCAGGCAGAGAACGCUGCCCUUCAGAAAAAGAUCACGGCCCUCCAGGAGCGCUCUGAGAGUGCGAUAAAGAGCCAGAGGGGAGUAGAUGUCAGUGACACCAAUGCCUCAGAGAUGGAUGGGCCGGCUGACACUAAUGGUGUCCAGUUGCAUGCUGACGUCAGUGAGAACAUGGAGGAUGCUGCCGCCGGAACCAAUGACAGACUGGAACAGGCAGAGGCAAAGUGUGCCAAACUGGAACAGCGAGUGAAUGAGCUUAUCGCAGGACCUGCAGUGAGGAGCACUGGGCUAGUUAUGAAACAGGAUGCUCUUAGGUGGUCAGCACUGUGUCCAAAUCCAAUAACGCAAUGCUUUGGGCCAGAGGUGGAACUGCAGCUGCACACUGAGGUGGAGGAGAAGCGCCUACUGAAGGAGCAGCUCCAAGCACUAGAGUCAUCCAAACAGACAGACGUCACUAAACUUCAAGAAGAGCUAGCGAAGCUCUCUGAAAAAUUGAAGAAAAAGCAAGACAGCUUUCUGCAUUUGCAAGGUGAAAAAGAAGACCUUUACAAUGACAGCAGGACCAAAAUCGACGAGAUUCAACAGAGGAAGGAGGAGGAGCUGAAGUCAAUGAACAUCCGCAUCCAGAAGUUACAGGGAGAUCUGCUGUCAGCCAACCAGAGUGUUGGUGAGAUGAAGGAACAGCUCCAGAGCCGGCAGAAGGAGCACGAGUUAGUUCUACACGCACUUAAAGAUCAGGUAGCUUGUCAGAGUGCUGUGAGUCAGGAGCAGGUGGAGAGUAUCCUGACUGAGAACGAUGCUCUCAGGACUAACCUAGCAGCUCUAGAACAGAUUCAGACAGUGAAGACUCAGGAGAUGAACCUUUUGCGUGACCAAAACAUGGCUCUGAAUGUGGAGCUGCAGCAGAAACGGACGGAGCAGGAGAGCUUUCUGGCACAGAGAGAUGACCUUAACUCUCAGCUACAGGAGUCAAACCGUGCCAACAGCAGACUGUUGGAGCAGCUGACUGAAGUUGGCCAGGAGAAAGACGGGGUACAGCAAGAGCUGGAGGAGGCUAAAAAGACAGCAGACAAGCGGAAGGCCAUGCUGGACGAGCUUGCCAUCGACAUUAUCACAGAGAAGUCACGACACAAGGAAGAGCUGAGCGACGUGCGUCUGCAGCAUGAGAAGGAGGUGCUGGGGGUGCGGGCGCGCUACGAGAAAGAGCUGAGGGGACUCCACGAGGACAAGAACCGCACCGAGGAGGAGAUCCGCUCACAGCUCCGAGAUGAGAAGGCUCGCAACAAGGAGUUGGAGGGUCUGCAGCAGAGUGUAGAGGAGCUGCAGGCCCAGGUCCAGUCUAUGGAGGGAACUAAGGGCUGGUUCGAACGCAGACUCAAAGAGGCUGAGGAGAGCAUGGAGGAGAGCAGGCUGGAGCACCAGGAGCAGAUGGAGAAGCUACAGAAGGAACAUUCUAUCCAACUGGAGGGAAAGGAAUCUGAUAUAGAUGGUGUGAAGCUGCAUUUGACAGAGGUAGAGAAAGAGAGGGAUGUGCACAAUGAAACCAUUGGAAAACUUAAGCAGGAAAUUAAAGAUACAGUGGAUGGCCAGAGGAUCCUGGAGAAGAAAGGCAGUUCAGCACUGAAAGACUUGAAGAGGCAGCUACAGCUGGAGAGGAAGAGAGCUGAUAAACUACAGGAGCGGCUACAGGAGAUCCUCACCAACACCAAGACCAGGACAGGCCUGGAGGAGCUGGUGUUGUCAGAGAUCAACUCUCCUAAUCGUUCGCAGCAGAGGGGAGAUAGCAGCAGUGUCUCCUCCUUCAGCUAUGGGGAGAUCAUGAAGGAGGGUGCCUCUGCACAGAGCACCAACAAGUCCGCCAGCGGCAGCCCCCAGUCCCAGCGCCCUGCUGACCUGUCUGAUGAUGAGGUUGGGGAACUCUUCCUGAGGCUGGCUGAGGUGCAGCAAGAGAAAUGGAUGUUGGAGGAGAAGGUUAAACACCUAGAGGUCAGCUGCUCCUCCAUGGCUGAUGACAUCUGUAAGAAGAGUGCCAUCAUCGAGACCUAUGUCAUGGACAGCAGGAUAGCACAUGGUGCACAUGGUGCCGUGGCGGUGGCCAAUCACGGGGGCCAGGUGGGGGGCCAUGGACAUGGUCUGGGCUCUGUGCUCCGGGACCUGGUGAAGCCUGGGGACGAGAACCUACGGGAGAUGAACAAGAAGCUGCAGAACAUGUUGGAGGAACAGCUGACAAAGAACAUGCAUCUACAGAAGGAUCUUGAAGUUCUGUCUCAGGAGAUUGUCCGUUUAAGUAAAGACUCAAGUUAUGGAGCUGGCUCAGCCACGGGCUAAAAGACUGGACCCAGUCCCGCCGACCAGCACUUCUCCUUCACUCUCUCAUCACCUGUUUCUGUGGCUAGUAAGAGGACACUACACAUUCAUCCAUGCUGACUGACUGAACCUCUGGCCGGGAACGCAGAUAAAUGGAGAGAGGGGAAGGGGGGUUAGUGAUUUUGCAACUGCUUUACAACUGAAUGUACUUAUUGUAACACGUCUUGGUUCUUUCUGUAACUCUUGAGAAAAAUAGCAUAUUGGGGCCUGACUUCUAUGACAGGCUGCUCUGUCUGCUCUCUCUGCCCCCCACCCCACAACACACACACACUCUGGUGUGCUCUGAAGAAUGCAACGCUGGCAGGAACCAGGAUGCCAGGAAAUCUCUAGGACAGUGCAUUACUGGUUCACAUCUUCAAGAGAUUGUUUAAUGUUGUGAAUAACGAGACAUUCUGCUUACUCAUACAGAGAGGCUUAAGCUGUUGUGUUUUGCCUGUACUCGUAUUAAUUUCGCUAAACUUCAAACUCUGCAACUCUUGUUUUUGUUGUUGUUGUAUGAAUCCUGUAUAUAUGAAAAUGAAAAAUCAACUGUAGUAAUUUAUCGGUCUCGGAGUUAGAACUAUUGCAUAUGAAGCAAAAUUUCAUCCGGCAUAGAUUAUAGAUGCUGUGUCCAGUUGAAUAUGUCUGGGAAAAUAGCAAGUAUCCUAAAGCCAGUAGUACAGUAAUUAGACAAAAACCUCAAUAGAUUGCAUAGCCUAUCAUCUGACUAGCAUUGCGGACUGGACCAAACCACCGGUGUCUCGACUCACUGGGUUAGAUCUCUGUGCUCUUUUAGUUUGCACCCAGCACCAGGGCUGUGACUGCAGCAGAGGCACGGAUGAGGCCUUCGCUGCUGAGCCUCUGCUGUCAACUUGAAUAGGCUGUCCAGGAACUGGCUAGAUGCCUGCUUUGUGCCCCGCUUUCAAAUGUCACUUUGGCUGCUUUCUCUAUCCCCAAUUAACCCCCCCCGUGGUUAGAUUUGUGGAUGUAAUUGUAAUUCCGGCUUGACUCCACUUUGAUAUGUUGUUAAGAUAUUAGAUUAUAGAUGCACUAAGAAACAGAGGAUUCUCUUUGAGAGGAUUCAUUUGUUUGAGAACUAAUCUCCCCCUGGCUAAGGUCUAACAGCAGUGUUGGUAGUCUGAGUGAAACUCUUCCAUUCACUCUGGCCCAGCUCAUCAGAAUGGUCUCUGAGUUUCACAUGGACUGAACUCAUCACAAAUAAUUAUCUGGCGUUGUUACCCGGCCAUUACCAGUUUUUAUAAGAACUGGCCCAGUGCACUGGAGUGACGGUCCAGAUAAGGGAAGCUUGGAUCAUGUAAAGUUGGUCUCUUAGUUUGCCUUUGACUAAUUUAGCAAAUGUAUUAUUUUAUAUGAUUUCUCAAUGUGACUGAUCAACAGUAGCUUGGCAGAUUAAAUCUGUGAUCGUUUAAGUGGACUUGAACGUGUGUACUGGUGUUAGCCUUUCACACUUUGAGACACGUUUCCCUUAUUUGAGGAUGUUUUCACUUCAGAUCUCAGUGAAAACUUUAGGAACAAACCGAUUGGUUCAUUGGAAGCCCCCCCAAGAGUCUUAUCUCCUGUCUACAUAUCUGCCUGAAAUCAAGAAGUAUAUAAAUGUACGUCACUAGUUAAUGUCAUUUAACAUUACUUUUAUCUUUAACAUUUUAAAAUUAUGAUAAUUUUUUUAUAGCAGUAAUCUGUGUAAUGCUAAGUUUAUACAGUAAUGUACUCCUACCAAAGGCAUGUUUGGCGGAUGUGUUCCGGAACGUUCUUUGAACACCCAUUGCAGACAAAAUGGACUUUGAUUCAGAUGAGUAUAUUGGGUAUAAUAAGUGAUACUGUAGAUAAGUACACUCUGCACUUUUUCCAAUACAUUAAAGAUUGUGUGCUUUUAUUUAAAUAAUCCUGUCCCCUUUUAUUUCCCUUUAAAUGUUUGAAUUGCCAAACUCGGCUGCAGCAAAGUCCUCAUAACUACUAAAAGAUAUAAGCAUUCAGGGUUUUAUUAAAAGGUCAAAUAUACAACCCAGCACUCGACUGCUUCCCCAGUGGACUAUUCCUUUCCUUCAGAUGUAUGUAUUUGUCAACUGUUUCUCCAGCUAAAUGAUAUUCAUGCAGUGUCAAUAAAAAUGGCUGUAAAAUGUA